AUGCCACUUCAAAACGACAAGACCGCUGGAGGAGUGAGCAUCGAUUCCUGCGUGACACGAGAGAAAAGCUUACAUGACGUCAAUCCAGCCCUCGGAAGUCAGCAUAGUGACCUCCAUCACAGAUUUGUCGUUCUCCAUCUCUCGAACGGAAAGGCAAAGACGGUCGAAUAUGGUCAUUUCGACCCUCAUCAGAACGAUUAUGGAACAAUUCGAAUCCAUGAUGGCGCUCAAGCCAUCCAUGCUUUUGUCGAUGCUCUCGAUUUCGACACUACUGGCAACAAUGGUUAUGACUGGAAUGUCUUUGAAAAAUGGGUCCUUGGCUCUAGUGGAUAUCAAAACACUGCUUGGAGCCGCGAGCAUCAAUCACAAAGCUUUAUUGAUACUGUUCUUGCCCAUUUGAAGUCACACACCAAACCUGCUGCUCCUGCCGCUUCAAACGCACAACCUUUGAACGUCAAGGCUCCUGAUGCUGAUGCAAAUGCAGUGUUUGAUGGUGUCAAGCCCAAGGUUCUACACAAAAUUCAAGAAAUCCAUCACAAAGAUAUUGUACAUCACACUCAUCUUUCCCAAGAUGUACAUUCCAAGGCGUACAAAGUCGUUCAAUACGCAGUGGUCGAGGCUCCCUUUGGCUUCCAAUACUUUGCAAAAGUCAGUAUUGGUGAUGUCAACUAUGUACAUGCUCGAGCUCACAAGUUCCAUCAAGGAGGAACAGAGUUCCACUCUUUGUAUCUUACGCGAGAUUCUGCCAUUCUGUCCAAGGACGCCCCAUUGGUAUAUUUCGAUGAAUGA